GCAGUAUAAAAUUAUACCUCACAUUCCUCAAUCUAUCCAUCCCCAACUGUCGUCGACAAGAUGCAGGCCCUUACACGUUGUUCAAAGCCGGCGCUCCGUGCGGCGACUCGGAGGCAAGCUUACACCACGUCGCCUUACGCCUCGACCAUAAACAACCUCAAGAUCAACAAGGACACCCGUGUUUUGUAUCAGGGCUUCACUGGCAAGCAGGGAACGUUCCAUGCCCAGCAAGCAAUUGAGUACGGCACGAACGUUAUCGGAGGAACAAACCCCAAGAAGGCUGGCCAAACGCAUCUUGGACUACCCGUUUUUGCGACCGUUGAGCAGGCUGUGAGGGAGGCUGGCGCAACCGCAUCUGCUAUCUUUGUCCCACCACCUGUCGCCGCUGCUGGUAUCGAGGAGGCCAUUGCCGCCGAGAUUCCGUUGGUAGUAUGCAUUACCGAGGGAAUUCCCCAGCAUGACAUGGUCCGCAUUACCGACAUCCUGAAGACUCAAUCUAAGACCCGUCUCGUUGGCCCCAACUGCCCCGGUAUCAUUGCCCCUGGACAAUGCAAGAUUGGCAUCAUGCCUGGAUUCAUCCACAAGCGCGGCCGCAUUGGAAUUGUCUCCCGCUCAGGAACUCUUACCUACGAGGCUGUUAACCAGACCACCCAGGCUGGUCUUGGCCAGUCUUUGGUUGUCGGCAUUGGUGGCGACCCAUUCUCCGGCACAAACUUCAUCGACUGCUUGAGAGUGUUCUUGGAAGAUGAGGAGACUGAUGGUAUCAUCAUGAUUGGUGAGAUCGGUGGAUCUGCUGAGGAGGAGGCUGCGGAUUUUUUGCGCGAGUACAACACUGCCAACAAGCCAGUCGUCAGCUUCAUCGCUGGUAUCUCUGCCCCACCCGGACGCAGAAUGGGCCACGCGGGUGCCAUUGUUAGCGGCGGACGAGGCGGCGCAGACUCCAAGAUCGCCGCAUUAGAGGCUGCUGGCGUCAUCGUCGAGAGAUCCCCGGCGAUGUUGGGCAAGACCCUGCACGCGGAGUUUGUGAGACGCGACUUGGUUUAAGGUAUUGCUACGAUUAGACUUGUGAAUUAGAGAGCCAUUAAUACGGGCUUUGACGAGAUGUGGUCGACUUUAUUUGGUCAAUAAAAUCUCCUGUACACCUAUCAAUUACUCUUCGUCCGUUGGUUGGAAGUAUGAUACUCUUUGCCAUUGAUAUAUAUUUCAGAAUAAAUGCCUUGCCUAA